AAGCCAAACCGAAACGGUACCGCCAAAGGGGGAGGGGUGAGCCCCCUGCCCUGUGCCGAUCCCCAAUUCGGUAUGGCUGUCACCAGCGGCGUGGAAGCUCGGUCCUUCACCCUCGAGGAGGUCACAGCGGGGGAGGGGAGGUCGCUGGGCUGGGUUCUGCCGGUGAGGGACGACUCUUCAAAGGGAUAACUGCAGUGCCACGUAGAAGUUAGUGAACACUCAGCCGAACUGUAGGGGAAGCCUGGAGAAAAAUCCCGGUCAGUUCUGAUCAUUGAGAAGAAACAUCUUGUCGUUACUUCAUGUCUGGAUACAUUUAGGCGCCAGAAGCCCUGAGUUCAAACUUAGUUGCCCUGUGACCUUAACAUUUUUGAGCCCGUUUCCUGGUUUUACAACGUGAAAAGUAAUUCAGAGAUGGAGAAUUAUGAGGAUUAAAGAAAAAAAAGCUGUAUACCUGCACAAGUGGUGGCUGCCGUUGAUGUAAACACUGUCGCUAACGAAGUAUACAAGUAUAAUUUUCGUCACACACUGUUACUGGCCAAGACAAUUGAAGGUAUUACACUAGAAGAGUUUGACAGAUUAUCUUUCAAUAUGAUUUUAAUGAGCCCUCCCUGUCAGCCAUUCACGAGAAUUGGCCUGCAAGGUGAUAUGACUGAUCCAAGGACAAAUAGCUUCUUAUAUAUUCUAGACAUUCUCCCAAGGUUACAAAAAUUACCAAAGUAUAUUCUUUUAGAAAAUGUUAAAGGUUUUGAGGUAUCUUCUACAAGAGACCUGUUAAUACAAACAAUAGGAAAUUGUGGCUUUCAGUACCAAGAAUUUCUGUUGUCUCCAACCUCUCUUGGCAUUCCAAAUUCAAGGCUACGGUAUUUCCUUAUUGCAAAGCUUCAGUCAGUGCCGUUCCCUUUUCAAGCCCCUGGUCAGGUACUGAUGGAGUUUCCCCAAACUGAAUCUGAACAUCCACAAAAACAUGCGAUAGAUGCAGAAAAGAAAAUUGAAGAAAAGAAAAUUGAGCCAAACAUAUGCUUUGAUAGCAGCACACAAUGUUCUGGAAAAGAGGCCAUUCUUUUUAAGCUUGAAACUGCAGGAGAAAUUGACAGGAAACAUCAACAGGACAGUGAUCUCUCUGUGCGAAUGCUGAGAGAUUUUCUAGAAGAUGACAUUGACAUGAAUUCAUACUUUUUACCACCAGAGUCAUUGCUGCGAUAUGCUCUUUUGUUAGACAUUGUUCAGCCCACAUCCAGAAGGUCCACAUGCUUUACGAAAGGUUAUGGACGCUACAUAGAAGGGACAGGAUCUGUGCUGCAGACCACAGAGGAUGUGCAGAUUGAGAAUAUCUACAAAUCCCUUACCAAUUUGUCACAAGAAGAAAAGAUAACAAGAUUGUUAAUGCUUCAACUUCGAUUUUUCACUCCUAAAGAAAUAGCAAAUCUCCUUGGAUUUCCUCCAGAGUUCGGAUUUCCUGAGAAGACAACAGUCAAACAGCGUUAUCGUCUACUUGGAAAUAGUCUCAAUGUGCAUGUAGUAGCUCAACUAAUCAAAAUCCUAUGUGAAUAAUUUUUAAGUAACUCUGUAAGAUGGUGGCAGUAUUCCAUUAUAUCCAGAUAAUAAUUCUGAAAUUCUUUUUUGAAUUAAUUUUGACAAAAUUCAACUAAAUUAUCUUAUUCUCUCGUUAAUAAGAAUUUGGAUUUAUCAGGA